GAAUAAUAAACAGGGUAGGUAGAGUUGGGUUGUGGACAGAUUCUUAAGCCUUGUAUGGCAUUAUGGAUUCUCAAGCAUUGUGUGCCAAAUUAUUACUGGUGAAUAUUAUUUGUCAAGUACUGUACUAGGCACUGCAAAUACCCUCUUGCAGCUAAAUCUAGUGGGAAGAUUCGGUGAAAGAAGUAAUUACAGGAAAGCGUGAGUGAGGGUUAAUAAAGGAUAUAAAUAUUGUGAGAACAGAUAGUAAAAGUAUUUUGUAUAGUUUAGAGUAUUAAAGGAGAUGACUUGGAGUUACUCUGAGGAAGAAAAAGUAUAAUGGGUGGGGGAAGCACAUGUUCAGAGGCUUGGAAUGAAGAGAACACCUGAAGGAUUCGAAAAACUGAAAGAGGUUCAUUUCGGCUGAGAGGAAGAAGGGUAUGUGUGGCACGUAAUGACACUUGAAAGAAAAAGCAGAGUGAGAACUUCGAGAGCUUUCCUGUUGUUUCGGAAUUUGACAGUAAGCAGGUCACUCUCUAGAGGAAAGCUUCACAUAAAGAAAUGGCAAGACGUGUUUUGACGACAUCACCUAUCCCUAUGAAGACAAAAUUGCUACAUCAAAUAGGAUUGUCACUUUAUAAUACCUCUCAUGGCUUCCAUGAGGAAGAAGUGAAAAGAAAACUUGAACAGUUUCCCGGUGGAUCUGUUGACCUUCAGAAGGAAGACAGUGGCAUUGGCAUUCUUACUCUGAACAAUCCAAGUAAAAUGAAUGCCUUCUCAGGUGUUAUGAUGCUACAACUUCUGGAAAAAGUGAUUGAGUUGGAAAAUUGGACAGAGGGGAAAGGUCUCAUUGUCCGCGGAGCAAAAAAUACUUUCUCCUCAGGAUCUGAUCUGAAUGCUGUGAAAGAACUAGGAACUCCAGAGGAUGGAAUGGCCGUAUGCAUGUUCAUGCAAAACACCUUAACAAGAUUUAUGAGACUUCCUUUAAUAAGUGUUGCACUAGUUCAAGGUCGGGCACUGGGUGGAGGAGCGGAAGUUACUACAGCCUGUGAUUUCAGAUUAAUGACUACCGAGAGUGAGAUCAGAUUUGUCCACAAGGAGAUGGGUAUAAUACCAAGCUGGGGAGGUACUGCCCGGCUAGUUGAAAUAAUUGGCAGUAGACAAGCCCUCAAAGUGUUAAGUGGGGCCCUUAAGCUGGAUUCAAAAAAAGCUUUACAAAUAGGAGUGGUUGAGGAGGUCUUGCAGUCUUCAGAUGAAACCGAAUGUCUCAGAGAGGCACAAGAGUGGCUACAGCAGUUUAUCAAAGGGCCACCAGAAGUAAUUAGAGCUUUGAAAACAUCUGUUUCUUCAGGCAAAGAGCUUUGUGUAGAGGAGGCAUUACAGACUGAAAGAGAUCUUUUAGGAACAGUUUGGGGUGGACCCGCAAAUUUAGAGGCUAUUGCUAGGAAAGGAAAGUUUAAUAAAUAGUUUUUAAAAAUAUGUACUGCAAGUAAAACUCCAAUGAUUAAUAUGUAUAAAAGUCAAAUGAUAUUAAAUAUGAAUGUCAAAACUA